AUGACCCUCAUGGCCGUGGCAGCGGAUUCUGGUCAACCCGACGCCCAGAUCGCCUUGGGAGCCAUGGCAGACCAGGACCCUACCAUCCACCGUCAGACGAGCAUAAAGCAUCGCCAGUUCGGUAUUUAUGCUUCAAGGCGGACCCAUCCGAAACCCGUCCCAGCUUCUGACGUUCCAGAGCGUCCCGGCUCCCCAGCCGCCAACUCUCCAACACAUGCACAUCCCUUACCCACAUCCCCCCCACGCUGGGACUCUCUGGCAAACAAUUCCAGUAACUUUGCGAGGCAACAAAACCUCAUGAGCGCCCGGUCACAGUCGCAAUCGCCUCGCCUUGCCCUAUUCCACUCAAUUCGAAAAUACCCCUCCUCGGAACGCCCCUUUGCCUCGCCGUCCCCCAGCCUCAGUCAUGGUUACGAAGAGGACGACGACUUGAGUGCCGACGAAUGGACUAGCAAAGCCGCCGCCCGUUCGAUUAGAUCUCCCGUACCCUACGACGACGACGACCGAUCCUCGAUCGAUACCAUGCAGGUAGACAACUUCUCUCGUCCGAGAAGGCCUAGCAUCAAGCAGCCGAUACAGGACUCGUACAGUCCCCGGCCAGCGAACUACUCUCCCUCAGACCCACGCUCCGAUCCCAAUUCGCAUCAUCAAGCAUGGCCUCGGCCGCGGGGUCAGUCUGGCUCCUCCGCCCGGUCUGCCUCGACGUUCUCCUCGAUGCCUGCCACAGGAAACGAUAACUACGAGCAUCGCGCCCCGUCCCGGCUCCGGAGUGCCCCGCCUCCGUCGAGCCUCGCCCGACCCCCAUUGGCGUACGGUCGGGUUGAUAGCUCAAGCUCCGGCUUAUCUACUUAUGCGCGUGAGGCACCGUGGAUGAGUGGAGACGAGAUGCGGUCCAGCUACCGAUCUCAAAUGACAUCUUCGAGCGCGCAGGGCACGUACGUGACGGAAAGAAGCAGUGUUCUCACUAAGAACAGCUCAGUCCCUUCUCUGUACGCUAACGGCGAAGAGCUUAGUGUCGACGACGUGAUGGGCAUGUACGAGAAAGGCUUCCAAGACUCGAGCCCCGAAGACAACGACGAUAGCCCGGUACCGGCGUCCGAGAUCAAUAAGCGCAACACGAGAAUGCUCGAAGUCUUGAGUCAACCGUUGACGAUGCCUGCCAACUCACUAGCUGUUCCUGUUUCAGAGACCGUUGUCCGCCAAUCGGUCGACAUGUUCAGAGUAUCCGAAUACCCUUCGUCUUUGCCUAAAGAGGUUGGUUUGCUGGAAGACGAUCAGGGAGAGGAAGAGGAGGACGACGACAAUGAAAGAAACGACGAGGUGGACGAAAAGGAGAAAAGAGACUCGGCAAAAUCUCUUCAGAAUGAAAAAGAUUCGCUAACCCCGUCGCCGAAAAUGAGCAGCCCAACAACGUCCUCGAUGCAAACUGCUGUUGAGCCCGAAGAAAUCGAGGAACCUGGUGCUCGGGAUCGAUACGGGUUUAAAAAGGCCAAUCAGUACAUCACCAGGGAACAAUACGACAACUGGGACAAGGGCUAUUCCCAGUAUUUGGACAGGAGACGUAAGAAAUGGACCGCCUUCUUGAAAGAGAAUGGCCUCAUGACGGACCGUCCACAGCGGUUCCCACCUCACAGUGCCAAGGCCAAACGGUUUAUCCGCAAAGGCAUUCCUCCCGAAUGGAGAGGUGCCGCUUGGUUCUAUUACGCCGGAGGCCCUGCUAUAUUGGCCAAGCACUCCGGUUUGUACGAUCAACUACUGCAGAAGAAGGCAAAAGAUGUCGACGUGGAGGCCAUUGAGCGAGAUUUGCACCGAACAUUCCCGGACAACAUCAAGUUCAAGCCUGCGAGCAUGGCUGGCAAGCCGAACGUAGAGCCUGAGAGGAAGGGCGAGGAUGACGAUGAGAAGAAGCCUGCGGACACGAAUGAGCCCCAGAUUAUCUCGUCCCUGAGGAGAGUUCUCCACGCAUUCGCCAUCUACAACCCUCGCAUCGGCUACUGUCAGAGUUUGAACUUCCUCGCUGGUUUGCUGCUUCUGUUCAUGGAUUCGGAAGAGCAAUGUUUUUGGCUGUUGAACGUCAUUACACGGCUGUACCUGCCAGGCACCCACGAGAUGAGCCUCGAAGGAUCUAAGGUGGAUCUAGGUGUUCUGAUGAAUGCCAUUCGGGAGUCCAUGCCCGCAGUAUGGGCCAAGAUUGGUGACGACUUGGAAGGUGACCCCAACGCACCGCGUCCUGCGAAGCCAGUGAAGAAGCCCAGAUCUCGGAGGAAGAACCAACCCAGCAUCUCCUCGAAUCGUCUGCCGCCAAUCACCCUGUGCAUGACGGCGUGGUUCAUGAGUUGCUUCAUCGGUACCCUUCCCAUCGAAAGCACGCUGCGCGUGUGGGACGUCUUUUUCUACGAAGGCUCCAAGACGCUCUUCCGCAUCGCUCUUGCCAUUUUCAAGCUUGGCGAAGACGAGGUUCGGGCUGUAGCUGAUCCCAUGGAAAUGUUCUCUACUGUUCAAGCAAUGCCCCGCCGGCUGUUAGACGCCAACGCCCUCAUGGAGGCGACGUUCAAACGUCGCAAUGGGUUUGGCCACAUCAGCCAAGACACAAUUGACAGUCAACGACAAGAGAGACGUGACAAGGUGCAGACAGAAGGUGCCCGGGCGGCCACGUAUGCCGUGGGCAGCGGAAAUGCAGCCGACGACGGCGAGGUGCGCAGGAAGAACACCAUUUUCGGACGGAGGAAGCUGGGCAGGUCAGCUGAGGUGAUGUGA